AUGAAAAGAAAUCGUGUGAUGUCAACUGAUGGAGUUUUAGCAGUAAUUACAGAUUAACUCUUAACAGAAAAUAAACCUCGAUUCAGAAAAUUAACAAAGAAAUAAAUGAUGCAAAAAAAACAUACUAAUGAUUAAGAUUCCUCAUUUGAAAUCAUUGAAAAGAAUACUCCUUAAUUGAAGAAUACAAAAAUUAAAAUAACUAAAUAAGCAUUAGAUCAUUUUAUAAAUAAGACAUUUGUAGUUAUUAGUGAUGAUGAAGCUGAAAUAUUCAUUAAUCAUUCCAAUUCAAUCAAAAAUGAAACAACUUCUAGAUCCUCUUCAAUCUUAUCUUUUUCAAGCAGCAAUUUAGAAUAAUGGGAAUAAGCAGAAAAAAAAGUCAAAUUAGGUGAGAAUUGA